CUCAUUCAUAACCCAACUUAUUGUAAACAUUUUGUACUUGUAACUUUGUUCAAGUAAUACAUAACCAUUAUUGUUGUAGUAUUGCACUACAAAAUCAUAAUUGUGAUCCUCACAAACAAAGACUUCUGCUGCUAUACAUAAUCAAACUCAUCCAAAAGGCUGAACUUAGAAGUAUUCCAAGUGCCGCAUGAGGGUUCAAGAAUAACUCCGUGACAUUGGAUGUUGUCGUUUUGCUGAAGCACCAGGGUCGUUGUUUGGAUCUUGGACAAAUUGAAGGGUACCUGUUUGGAUCUUGGACAAAUCGAAAGGUCAAAACCCAGAUUGUAGGGGCUCUGGCAUCAUACGAAGUUGGAUCCAGCCACAAUCAUACCAAGGUUGCACGUUAGCGUUGGACAUUUUUUCCAGACGAAAAUCAUGAAGAUCAAGAUCAAGGAGUGAAGACAUUUUAUUUUAUAUAUGUCAUGUUUCUCUGCAUAAAAAACAUGAUGUCAAAUUUACGAUAGUGUAAAUAUUUGAAGAGUAAUACAUAUAUAUAUAUAUAUAUAUAUAUAUAUAUGGAGAAGAUCAUGCGAGAACUGGCUAUUAUUGUGAGAACUGCGAGAACCAAGUGUGAACGCAACAAUACUCAAACUACAAGGGCUGGAAUAUAAAAUAAGAUAUUUUCAGAUAAUCAUUCAUCAUAUCCAUUCAAAAUUGGUACUAUUCACUCAUGUCCGACGCCGCCUGUCGCCUCCGUCUCCGCCACCACGAUUCCGACCACCGAUCGAAGAUUCCGACAAUGUAUCUUUAAUUCCGGUCACAUUCGCAACACCUCAACUAAUUAAUUCAUGUAUUACGACAAUUCAUCAAAUUUCUGCAAACCCUAACAUUCUUACAGCAUAUUCGUCAUUUCUCAGCUUACAAGAAAUCAUGGCAUCAUCUGAUUCGUCUUCAGUAAACGCCCCAAUCAAUAUUAUUAGAAAUGAUCAACAUUGUCCAACACCAAUGCAAUCUGAAAAAGGGUUAAUUCCUAUAAUUGAUUCAUCUUGUGCUGUUGCAUCUAUCGACCCCAUAUAUGACAUUGUGACAGAUGCUAAUUUUGAAAUCCCGUAUAACACACAGUCAUAUUCUGAUUCUGGAUCGUCUUCUUAUGUGUCAACUUCAUCAAAUACACCACAACAACUACAAUUCCUACAUAAAGAACAGAAAGGUACAUUUAUAAGUUCAGUUUAUUCGUCCCCCGAUGGUACCAAAUUUUGGACUCCCGACGUUGACAUCCAAUACAUGCCAUCAAUUGGAAGUGUCUUCCAACACUGGGAUGAUGCUAUCAUGAUGUAUAAACAAUACGCUUCAAAGGCUGGAUUUUCUGUCCGUAUUAGCACUUUGAAAUCAAAGCCAGACCCAUCCAAUCCUAGCAUAAGAAUUCCUACACAUCGGUAUCUUUUAUGUUCAAAAAAUGGCAAGCCAAAACAUAACACUUUCGAUUCUUCACUACCACCUACAAACAACAAACGACGUAGCCGAUACACCGUCUCUAAUUGUGGUGCAUGUGCCCGUUUUCGAUAUUUGGAAACAACAAGACAAUUUCAAUUAUAUAGUAUUGUUGAGCAACAUAAUCAUUGCGUGAUCAGUAAUGAAAAUGCCGAUCUUCUCAGACAAAAUAGACAAGUAACUUUUGAAGAUCAACAAUUUAUACAUCGGGUCGGGUUAAACAAAAUUGGGCCAAGCAUUGCCCACAAUAUUCAAGUUUCCUUAAAAGGUGGACCACAAAAUGUGCAGGGUACUACAGUGGGUUUUAAAAAUGUAAGUAGAGACUUUCGAUUAUUUGUAGGUCCCCCGGAGGUUGAGGUUAAACCUUAUCCUUGUUAUGUUUAACACACUAGCAA